UGUUAGGGGACUUAGCUGUCACCCCGUCCUCCGGUCCCAGCGAGUAAACGGAGGAGCCACAGGGACCUCAGUUUCAUAUCCAAAUCCCUUUGGCCUUCAGAUAUAUUAUAAAUAUACAACAAAAAAGGCAAGCAAGGGAGAGACGAAGUAGGUGGAAAUCCAACAGGUCAAGCUCAUGGAAGGGAUGGCACCCCCUCGAAUGCCGUCAGCAGCUGGUUUCGGCUUCCUCGCCUCGCUGUACUCUUCUUUGGAGACGUCGCCGAGCUUUUCCUGGCACCAGAUUUGGGUGAUAUGGGUGCAGAUAAGAGCCAAUGCGGUGGCGCCGGUGCUGAAGCUCGCCGAGGUGCUGUGCUUGAUCAUGUCGGUGAUGCUGAUCACGGAGAAGUUGUCGAUGGGCACCGCCAGCCUCUUCGCCAAAGUAUUCCGGUGGCGGCCGGAGAGGCGGUACAAGUGGGUGCCCAUGGGGCAGGACUUGGAGAUGGGCAGCCUGGCUUAUCCCAUGGUGCUUGUACAAAUUCCCAUGUUCAAUGAGAGGCAGGUGUAUAAGCUCUCUAUUGGAGCAGUAUGCGGGCUUUCGUGGCCAUCCGAUCGAAUCAUAGUCCAGGUUCUCGACGAUUCGACCGACCCCGAAAUUAAG